GAAUUCGGCACCGCUCAAGUGUCAAAUUAGUGAACUCGUGCAUAGGUCCAUUCUUCCUUCAUUCGGAAGGGCAAUCAGUGCGAUUCUGGUGAAGCUGGUGGACGUUUUGUCGCUCGCGGGUGCCCUGUCGUUGUAGUGGAAUUCUGCUUUUGGAAAUUGGCGUUGUAACAAUACUAUGGACCCUCGGAGCUGUUAAUUUCCUACGGUGUUUGAAAGUCGCAUUUUUCUUUUUGGGCGGCCACUUACGAAACAGACUUGUUUUCGGUUUGUUUGCGGACGGGACCCAUUGAAGAAAGGUCAACUGCGGCUAUCGAUUUGUAUGCAAAUUUAUCGCACAAAUUGCGUAAUUGUUUCCAGUUACGUUACCACGGUUUUUGCGGAGCAAAGAAUCGAUUCUAGUUUCGGCAGCAGACAUGAGCAGCGAGGAUAAAUCCACCGGAGCAAGAAAUGGUUGCUGCAUCAGCAUUCCGCCGACUUCUGUAGCAGUAUCCAACGGCAUAAUGCAGCGAGCCACGGAAGAAAUCGAAAUCCCAAUGCCAUGGGGCAUCGUUGCUGGUAAAUGGUGGGGUCCCCGAGAGAAGCAACCAGUGCUGGCGCUGCAUGGCUGGCAGGACAACGCCGGAACGUUCGAUCGACUCUGCCCGCUGUUGCCGGACGACGUUCCCAUUUUGGCCAUCGAUCUACCCGGACACGGCCGAUCCGCUCACUACCCCAAGGGCAUGCACUACUACAUCUUUUGGGACGGGAUCGCACUGAUCAGACGAAUCGUCAAGUACUUUGGCUGGGAGAAGAUCACCCUGCUGGGGCACUCUCUGGGCGGAGCACUGAGCUUCAUGUAUGCAGCUGCGUUCCCGGACGAAGUUGAAGGCUUCAUCAGUAUUGACAUUGCCGGUCCACCGGCCCGAGAUCACCACAAACAGGCAGCGAACCUUGGAGAUAGCAUUGAUCGAUUUCUGCGCUACGAAUCGCUACCGGAAUCGAAAACACCUUGCUAUGGAUAUGACGACGCCAUCGACGUUGUACUUGCAGCUUACGACGGCUCAGUAGAUUUGCAAUCGGUGGAGGUGCUAAUGCGAAGGGGCAUGGCCCCAGCAGCGGAAAGAUUCAACAAAGAAGGGUUCUAUUUUUCGCGGGAUCUGCGACUGAAGGUGUCGCUCAUGGGCAUGUUAUCCCUGCCGCAAGUGAUCGCCCACGCGGAGAAAAUCAAAUGCAAGGUGCUAAACAUACGGGCUGUUCCGGGAAUGCACUUUGACAACGUCGACUACUACCCAAGUGUGAUAGAAGCAAUGCAGAAAAACUCUCGGAAGCUGGUAUAUAAUGAAAUACCCGGAACGCAUCAUAUCCACUUGGUAAAUCCGGAGCGAAUAUCUCAACAAGUGACCGAUUUUUUAUUGGAUAGAGAAUAGAUUACAUUAAUUUUAAAUCUCCCUAUAAAGAAAUAACCAAAAACAAAUUGGAAUAUUUGCACAUGGUUUUGCUCCGUUGAUCGGAUUGACCCAUUAGGGGUCCCAACAACACAUUCUAUCAUUUCGUACCGUAACUUAGCAAACUUAUUAAUUUAUACGAGUAAAUUUAGUGUAUUAAAAUAGUCAAAUGGUGAUGAGCAUUGCUAAACCAAUUGCAUUCAAGAUUUUAAAUCUAAGUGCUUUCAGCUUGUUGAGCAUUAGGAACAAAAGACAAGGUGUGAUAUAUUUUUGAAACUGUACUAGACGAAGAAGCACGGAAAAUAUAAUUCGCUAUAUUUUGUGAAAAAA